AUGGACGGCCUUUCAGGUGGAAUCAGACAGUUUGCUUUUCAGAAGCUCGCUGCGUUGGCAGUUGAGUCCCCCCGCGAUGGGACGGAGCUCACUCGCCUCGCGCAGCAGUCUCGGCCACGCCAGCCCGAUGGUGCUCUCAAUGGAGUCUUGAGAGAUCAGGCACCGACAUCGCGGGUUCCAAUGGGAAUCCGGGAACUAGAUGUCCUCCUAGCCCUAUGCAAGGCGGCUGCGUCGGUCAAUGCAGUUAAUGCCUCUCAAUUUGCCUCACAACUGUCCCGGUACCUGCCAGAAUCCCACAGCCAGCUGUUUCGACCCUCGCCAUUCCUUCCUAGUAUAAAACCAUCCCCAUGGGAAACCCUCACACACAAUCUGACUCUGGCACUCUUGUCCUUGGGCUUGAAGUACCCGGCAAUACGGAAGACAGCCCUUGAUGCCGUGCAUGGGUAUUUGAACAACUGCGCGGAGGCCAUCAAUGCAGUCACACCUUUCCAAUACUCCAAGUCCGAUGGACAUGGUGUGGUUCAUGAAUCCGUUGCAGUUUUGUCAAUUGCGGUUUCACUCGUCGGUUUCAUGGAAGCCGCGGCCCAGUACACUUCUAUCUGGCUCGCGAGUGAGAAACUACAAAUAGUUGAUCAUCUACGUGCGAUGCUAUCUGAGCCCUUCAUAAUCGCAGUUGAGACAGCUUCCUCCACUCUUCGCAAUACUCACACUGCAGAGCCUGCUUUCAGAGAUUGGAGAAAAUACACGCGUCGAUAUGCUGCUCAUGGCCGCCCAUUAGGCGCUAUGCUCGUGCAAGAGGGCUUCAUGCGCUUUGUGAAGUCAUGCGCAGCUUCUCUGAUAGGAUCCCAGCACUUGACUGAUGAUCAGCUCUUAGAUGACUACAUGACUGGUGUCGGCAUUGCUAAGAGCUACGAUGAAGACGAUAUUGCUCUCAUCGAGCGCGUCACUAAUAUUAUCAGUGAGGAAAUUCACUUGCUAGAGGAUGGUGCUGACUACCUGAAAGUCGGCUCCCCCUGGCAGCAGCGUCUUGCCUUUUCCGUCAAAGGACAUGCCUUGGUUGGAUUCCUCAACUGCGUGAUCCUAGGCGAAGAUGCGACUAACAACGAUGUACUGCUUUCCUGGCUCGAAGAUGCAUUGCUUGAUCCCCAGCAAAUGUCAAAUGUGGAAUUGGCUAUAACUUCUUUGAAAUGUACCGCAAUUGUUGCAAGAAUGUCGCCAAAUGGUGCCUCCAUCGGAAGACGCUGCCUCUUGAGGUUCCUUUCUCAGGGAGGUGUGUCGGCACGUCCAACCGUCGCAGUUGCCUCCCGAUGCCUCGCCCAGAUCCUAACCAUCCUUUCCGAGGAUGCAGUGAUUACAACGCUGUAUUCACUUGGAAACGCGUUGAGCCCGGCCACCAACGUCGAUCAAUCGAGCCAGGACCAACUCGCUGGAGAUCAUGCCGGACCGGGCAUGAACCUCGAAGUUUAUCAAAAGACUGGAAGCCAGACUUCCAUCGCCGUUGAAGGCGAAGAGGAUACUGUGACUCACAGAAAUGUGAUCCAUGCCAUCGUAACAAUUGCGACUAACUGUAACGAUGAUAAGAUCAGCGCAUUGGCCCAGUCUAUGCUUCUUCAAAAGAUUGGCAAGAUCAACGUUGCAGUGGAUGCGUAUAUAAUCCAGGAGACUGCAGUUCUUGCGCUCAGUGGAGGUCAAGCCGAGUUCCAGCUUCUGUUGAAGUUUUACACUCGUGUCUAUCUUGACGGCAUCAACAAGGGCCUGGACGCUAUCUCUGAUGCUGUACAAUGCGCCAUGGCUUAUAUUUCUGUAACCAUGGACCAAAAGUCACCACUUCACCGAAUCUAUUUGACCCAUCUGCUGGAGAGCAUCGUCAACAAGGGUGAUGUGCCAGACCUGGAUCAUGAGCGCCACAAGGAGAUUGUCUUUUCCGCAGAUGAUAUCACUCCGCUGUUGAAGCCACUUGCUUUGCUUGUUUCUUCUAAAGGUAAUACCAGGGGGGAUUUCUGGUCAAUCAUGGAUUACGAUGAUACCAUUUUGUCUUUGUUCCGUGAUGUCUGGUUCAACAUUGCCAUCCACGGGAUAUCACUCAGCUCCAGUGUUGCCCAAAAGCAUCACAAGGAGCUUCGUCUUCUUGCGCAUCAUUCCCCGCCAUUGAUUGCCGGGAACCAUAUGGAAUCACUGGAGAGCGACGUGGAACUCAACACAGUUCUCAGGCGCGGUGUAGGACCACAGCGUGUAAUGGAACAGAAGAGAGCUUUGAUUUCGGAACUUCCUGGCCGGGAUUCAGAUAUCAAGAGAAUAGAUUACCCAAGGGCAGUAUUCCUUAACGCCGUACUCCUGGUUGAGAGCCUCCGCGCUUCGUCUGGAGACUCUACCAAGAUCCUCGAUUACUUCCUGGAUCCCGCACUGGCCACUCCCGAGAUGGUUAUUUGCAUGAAUGCCGUCGCAGAAAAAGUGGUUACCUGCUACCUAUCCCUGACGCUAUCAGGAGAGCAUGAUGACUUCUCGGCCCCUUACUUAUCCAAGCAGCUUGCUGAAUUCCUGGUGUCCUGCUGCCAUCGCAUUGAACGGGUCCAAAGCAUUGCAACCCUGUGCGCUGGCAAGAUCAUUCGCGAAUGCCCCUCAGCGCUGUGCGAAAAGCACUCUCUCUUUGCCUUACUUGAGAUUCUGACUGUUAUGUGGUCUUCCUGUCUGCAAGGCGAACUCGAUGAGUUUGAGUGGAAGUCAUCUUUGGUCUCCCCUAUGGGCAUUGUCAAGGUCGAAUUGCCUGAUAACUACGCGCUAAGAAAGGCGACCCUUGAUCGGUUUCAUGCAAAGGCUAGGGCUUGGGUCAUAGCCGUCUUGAACAUUGCCCCAUUGGACAUUAAGGGUUUGCUUCAGACCUAUCUCUCCGAAUACGAUGACGACGGCGGCUAUGGGCAUAUUUCGAUAGGCCGUUCUUUUGCCCUGGAGAUGGGCUCCAUCAUACCACAGAGCGACCCGCGACUUGGGUCAAUUGAUGUCCACGGAAGCAGCGAGAUCAAUAUAGCCUCUGAUUUCAUGGCGCUGUACACGACACGUCAAAAGUACCGGCGUCCGGAUAUGCCUGCUAUCAAUGGCCUGGAUGGAGGGAUCAACAGGGAUUAUGACCAAAACCCUCACACCAGACUUCUGCCCGAGUCUGCUGAUGCUCUGGAAGAAGCCCUCGCUAGUCUGUACAGACGGAGCAUCGAUAACGAGGACAUCACUCUUGUUGAAGUUAGAGACGCUCUUCGGCAGGCCGCAGGCCUCAUUUGUAGCAGCAGCAAGCCCAGGCUGUCUGUGGUUCACUAUUUGGUUGCUUUGCCUUUCCAGAUUUUCACCAAGGAAACCAUCAAGCUGGGUGUCUCGCUUUGGCUUGGAGUCAUUCACGAAAACCCAAGCACUGAACCACGGAUUUUCUCUGAAGUCAUUGAAGCCUGGGAGAGAAGUAUAAACCGCCGAAAGGGGUUGUUUGAUCCCUCCUUUGCAUAUCUUGACCCACUGCACACGAAGAUCGAGCUACUGCCAACUGACAAGGAUCUUAUGCUUCGAAUGCAGCAAAAGGCUCAAGAUACCCUCUCGCCACACUUGCGAGUUCUUCAAUUUUUUGAGAGCCAUUUCAAUGCUAUCCGCUUGGGCAACUUGCAAGACCAACAGCUGUUCUGUCGCUUGGUUAGCAGUACCGUAAUUGGUCUGACCAAGACCGAGUGUCAUCCUUUGGCCAGAGAAAUUCAUUUCCGCAUUGUACUCUUUGGGCUCAAGGUUCUCAGGCACCUCAGUCCCUGCAACAGUGGUGCUUCUUGGAAACUCAAGGACCAGAUUUUGUCUGCUGCUUUGAGUUGGUUCAAGCAUGCUCCAAGAUGGUCAUUUGGAGGAAAUAGACUUCAGAUUAAAGCAGAAGACAAGGUCCUCAGUGAUGUAACGAUUGAAUUGCGAGGCGUUGCUGGCAUUGCUGCACUGGCACAGGGAUCGUACAAGUCAUUGCAGGCCAAACAAGACUUGCUGCAGAUCCUUGUGGACAAUGAGCGAGCACGUCUCCGGGUUUGGCUGUUCCCUUUGGAUCCUGAGCGCAAGCACCAUAUGCCUACCAUUGGAGGCAAGACCCCUGCUGAGGGCCCUGUAUCCCUCCUUCGACUGGCCUGGGCCGAAAGUCCUGGGCUGGCUAUCCAGAUGGCUACUCGUUUCCCGUCGCCCAAGAUGCAAAGCGAUGUCAGAUGGUUGGUCCUCAAUUUCCCCGAAAGGGUCAUUGAGGAGUCAAGUGCUCUUGAAAUCAUGUUUGACAACUCUCUGCCUGUCGACGUUACUUUCCAGUUGAAGUUCCUCCUGUACUGGGCUCCUGUCACUCCCACAGAGGCUAUCACAUACUUCUUGCCUGCUUACGGUAACCAUCCUUACAUCUUGCAGUACGCCAUGCGGGCACUGGAGAGCUACUCGAUGGAUGUCCGAUUCUACUUUGUGCCGCAAUUGGUCCAGGCUCUGCGCUACGAUGCUUUGGGCUACGUGGAGCGCUAUAUUCUUGAGACAGCCAAGUUGUCCCAGCUGUUUGCCCACCAGGUGAUUUGGAAUAUGAAGGCCAACUCCUACAAGGACGAGGAAUCUCAAAUACCUGAUCCCCUCAAACCGACUCUCGACCGUUUCCUCGAGAAUCUCAUCUCAAGCUUCUCGUAUGAAGAGCGCGCCUUCUACGAAAGGGAAUUCUCGUUCUUCAAUGAAGUCACAGGCGUCUCAGGCAAGCUCCGCCCCUACAUCAAGCGGAGCAAACCGGAAAAGAAGGAGAAGAUCGAGGAAGAGCUGCGCAAAAUCAAGGUUGAGGUUGGAGUCUACCUCCCCAGUAACCCCGACGGUGUAGUCGUGGGAAUUGACCGCAAGUCUGGCAAGCCGUUGCAAAGUCACGCCAAGGCGCCUUACAUGGCGACUUUCCGUAUCCAAAAGACCAGACCACGUCUUGACAAGACUGAUGCUACUGGUUCCCAGCCCCAUGAGCACCAACGCCAAUUGACCGGCCAUUCUCAUUCGCAAUCCCAUUCUCAGCCUGAACCUGAUCAGGAGACAUACGAAGUUUGGCAAUCGGCAAUCUUCAAAGUCGGCGAUGACUGUCGGCAGGAUAUGCUUGCCCUGCAGAUGAUUGCCGCUUUCCGAAGCAUCUUCACCAGUGUCGGACUGGACGUCUGGGUCUUCCCUUACAGAGUGACUUCCACCGCACCUGGCUGCGGUGUGAUCGACGUGCUACCCAACUCGAUUUCCCGAGACAUGCUCGGUCGUGAGGCUGUCAAUGGUCUCUAUGAUUACUUCGUCUCCAAAUAUGGAGGCGAGGACUCAAUCCUGUUCCAGGAAGCCCGCACCAACUUCGUCAAGAGUAUGGCUGCCUACUCGGUUAUCUCCUACCUUCUGCAAUUCAAGGACCGACACAACGGAAAUAUCAUGGUCGACGACGCCGGCCAUAUCAUCCAUAUUGAUUUCGGUUUCUGCUUUGACAUUGCCCCCGGUGGUGUGCGCUUCGAGCGUGCCCCCUUCAAGUUGACCUCGGAGAUGGUCGCUGUCAUGAGUGGAACUCAUAACCCGGCCCAUCACCAAGGCGGAAACUCGUCCAUCAACCUGCCCGGUGCGAACUCGCACAAUCCGACUAAUACCCAGCCUUACCGCUGGUUCGAGUCGUUGGUUGUUAAGGCGUUCCUGGCGUCGCGUCCCUACAGCACGAAGCUUGGGCAUAUUGUUUCCCUAAUGCUUGACAGUGGUCUUCCGUGCUUCAAGCCUGAAACUUUGAAGAACUUCCGUGAUCGGUUUGUUUUGGAUAAGAGUGAGCGCGAUGCUGCUGAGUAUAUGCGUGAACUUGUGCGCAAGUCCUACAUGAGUGUGUCGACCAAGGGUUAUGAUCAGUUCCAGCUGAUGACCAACGGCAUUCCUUACUGA